ACACUUGCUCAAAAGAGCACCAUGACAGAGGUUAAGUUUCAUUGGGUUGAUUAUUUGGUUCUAGGAAUCUUUUUAUUUGGAACUGUUGGAAUUGGAGCUAUUUAUGCAUUCCUUGCUAAAAGAUCUAAAAAAGAAGUUACAACAGAUGACAUUUUACGAGGUGGCGGAGGUCUACAUUGGGCUCCUGUUGCUUUAUCUAUUCAAGCGUCAUUUUUGUCCGCGAUUUUUAUACUUGGAAUGCCUUCGGAAGUGUAUCAUCAUGGAACAAUGUAUGCUUGGUUCAUAAUAUCGUACUUUAUAGCAUUUCCAAUUUCGGCUCAUACAACUUUAACAGUUUUUCAUCGUUUAGGAAUCACAUCUUCAAAUGAGUAUUUGGAACGUCGUUUUAAUAGGGUGGUUCGUCGAAUGGCUACAGUAGUAUUCUUAAUUAUGGUGAUUUUAUACAUGGCUGUUGUCCUUUACGCACCAUCUCUUGCCCUCAAUAAGGUUACAGGAUUAAAAAUAGAGCUUUCAAUAGUAAUUAUUGGCGGAGUGUGCACAAUAUACACAGCUUUAGGAGGUAUGAAAGCAACUGUAGCGAAUGAUGUAAUUCAAAUGAUGAUAAUUUUACUUGGAUUAAUUAUCUUAAACGCAUUUGGCAUCCGUGAUGCAGGAGGUAUUACUAAUGUGUUUGAUAACGCUAAACAAGGAGGUAGAUGGGAUUUUUAUGAAUUUAAUCCAAAUCCAACGAUAAGACAUUCGUUUUGGACACAAAUUGUUGGUGGUACCUUUUUAAAUAUGACUAUGUUUGGUGCAAACCAAACUAUUAUACAAAAAUUUGUCAGUGUUAAAAAACUUAAGGAUGCCAGAAAAUCAAUGUACGCUUGUUUAGCAACAACCUCUAUAUAUUUCAUAUUAGUUAUGUUACUUGGUCUAGUCAUGUACAGUCGCUAUAUGACCUGUGAUCCCACAAUAACGGGAAAAAUUGACAAAAAAGAUCAACUAGUACCUUUUUUUACAAUGGAUAUUCUCAGGAGUUAUAAAGGUCUUCCAGGAUUGUUUUUGGCGACGACUUUCAGUGCAGCCUUAUCUUCCAUUGCUGGAGGUUUAAAUGCAAUAGCAGCGGUUUUAGUUGAGGACGUUAUUAAACCAAUAUUUCGACAUAAGACAAAGAGAGAGCUGUCGGCCGUAAAAGGAGGGACUAUUGCAAGACUCAUAGUUUUCCUGUUCGGAGCGCUUACUAUUGGAUUGAGCUUUAUUGUACAGUUUUUGGGAGAUACAGUUCUGCAAUUAGCCCUCAGCAUCUUUGGCUUCGUGGGAGGGCCUAUAUUUGGGCUAUUUAUUCUAGGCAUGUUCAUCCCUUGGACUAAUUCGCUAGGGGCAGCCGCUGGAUUAUUAGUCUCCUUAGCUUUUUCAUCAUGGGUGGCAAUCGGAAAAAUUGUUAGCAAAUUUCCAAUUCCAUUAAAGAGGAUGUCAGCAGAGUGUUUGAAUUCAGCAAACUCAACGACUUCAGCCUAUAAUACUUGGGAGAUGACAACAUCGAUACCAAGUUCAGAGAAUCCAUUGAAAAAAUUCUACCGGCUCUCUUACUCGUAUUAUGCUUUGUUCGCGACGUUGAUAGCCGUUAUUGUCGGGUUGGGAGUAAGCUUCGCAACGGGUGCGUGUAUAUUUUAUUUAUAGACGGUAUAUAUAAAUAUAGGUGUGUGUAUAUAGUGCUAGAACUCACACGAAGAAAGCAAUUUUAAAAUGUAAACAGUCAAUACAAAGAGAACAAAUUAAAGUUUGGCCCGUUUAAACGUUCUCUUGUGAUGAAGCGCGCUCCUUCUAUUGAACCGUUCCACUAAAACUUUGCGCAAACUUUUAAUUCUGCGCUCUUUUUCUGAUUCGAAAAGUCAACAAAUUGUUGAAUGCGUGUUUUUUUAAGGUGGCGUUGCAAAGGUGAGAAGGGGCGAAGAUUUGUUGUUGUUGUGUAUACAAUACAUAUAAUCUUAUUUGUAUAUUUCCGGUAUAGGUCGGAGUAAGCGAGAUGAGCUCGACGAACGUUUACUGUUCAAGUGGAAUGAUUGUUGUUCGCCAAAAACCGAUUCUACCGAGCCAGAUGAAAAGGAAAUGCCGACUCAGAAUGGCUACGACAAUGCCGCAUUUGACGAUUUGAACACUUCCAAGUUGUAGUGAAAUACUUCAAGUAUUUUUAUUGCUGACCUAUACGUAUAUAUAUGUAAAAAUACUAUUAUCAUAAAAGUUUUAUUGCUUCAAGAGUUAAAGACAAAAAUUUUAAAAUAAGAAAAUGCUGUCGUUCAUAC